AAGUGAUGAUACUCGGGGUACCUCCACGAUCGACUAAUUACGUUUUUGUCUCAUUCACCUUUCCGAAAUAACGUCUCGGUCGUCGAUAAGACUCUGUGACGGAGGAUAUCUUCCGUAAGGAGCCAAGGAGAUGGUCGCCAAAAGCUCUGUACCGCUGCUAGAGAAGCAGAUCGGCUGCAUCAAAUUCACGAUUUUCUGCUUAAAUGCGAUAAUAUGGAUCCUGGGCUGUGCAAUGUUCGGGCUGUCGAUAUGGAUGAGAUUCGAGCCAAUGUUCGAAGAAUGGGUGGAAUUUCUGGAUAUGUAUGAGUUUUACAUCGGAAUUUAUAUUCUAAUUGCGACUUCGGUGUUCGUCAUGGCUGUUGCAUUUAUUGGUUGCGGCGCUGCACUUAUGGAGAAUAUACUGGCUUUAUACAUCCACGUGGGCCUUCAAUUCUUUAGUUUCGUCUGCGGUUUAGCUGGAGCGGCGGUAAUUCUUGAUUAUUCGACGUAUGACAGUAAGAUUCAACCUAUUAUCCAACGAUCCAUGUAUAAUCUUAUUAGCAACUCCCAACACGAAACGGCGAGCUACAUCCUAAGAGUAAUCCAGGAAACUGUCGGAUGCUGCGGAGCUGAUGGACCCAGGGAUUACACGCGGCUACGUAAACCAUUGCCCACCGAAUGUCGGGACACUGUUACUGGAAACGCUUUCCAUCACGGCUGUGUCGAGGAAUUGUCCUGGUUCCUGGAAGCAAGAUCAGGAUGGCUCGCUGGUCUGGCAAUGGCGUUGUGCAUGCUUCACGUAAUUAUAGCUGUAUUGACGUUGACGCUUAUUCGAGCCAUAAAAAAAGAAGAGGAAUCGAUUACAUUCAAGCAUUAGAUGUCAAUUCAUUAUCUAAUGUUACAGUAAAUUUAUUAUAAUUAUAUUUUUCAUAAGAAAAAAGAUAUGAAAAAUUUAGUACAUUUUCUCUUUCUUCUGCACUUCAAUUGCAAAGCUUUCA